AUGGCUUCGUGCUCGCGCACAUCCGGGCGCAGAAGGCUAUGGUGCACUUCUUCUGCCACCGAGGACCUGAUGCAGAAAGGAAGGGGAUGGCAUCUUGCAAGAUUCACGGCUUGCAUCCAGAAACCUCACAGUUCCUGGAGGCAACGACCCGCAAAACAAAGAGCCCAAGGCCGAGAUCGCUUGGUGUGCGUUGGUGUCGAUGCACUGCCGGCCAUCAUCUUCCUGAUUCUGCUGCCUUUUCUGCUGCUGCUGCUGGUGAGCUGUGCAAGCCAAGAUCCGAACCAAGAGAGCCUGAACCGGUUCACUGCCACCGCGAUCUUCGGCCAGAUCCUGAUGUCUCUGCAAGCGCUGGGGUUGAUGAAGGAGCUUUCCAUCGACUGGCAGGAGCAUGCGGGUUGGCUUAGGUCUUAG